GUACAUACGUAUAUCACGUUGAGUGAACAUGGCCCACUUUCAAAGUCACAUGUCUUACGUUGCCUGCAGGAAUACAACGUACGAAGGAAUCAUUGCGAUUUAAUUACUGUGCGAUUUUAAAAUAUAAUUCUCUCCGUACGUCGAAUAGAAAUAGCUCGUAAUUACGCGUAUCCCAGUGUGAUUCCACGUUUCUAUUUCGAAUUAAAUGUCGAAGAAGGUUCAACAACUUCCUCGUGUCUAUGAACGGUGAAAAAACAAGACGAGGAACGUGGUAACACGUCCACGCGGGUAAAUAAGUCGUAACGUAUAUAUAACGUUUACACCGUGUGUCAACGUAUCCGUGUACUACUAUCUCUCUCCCACUCGCUACUUCUCCAUUAUCAUCUCUCUCUCUCUCUCUCUCUCUCUCUCACUCUCUCUCUCUGUCUCUCUCUUUGUCUAUCUACUCUCUCAUUCUCUCGCGCAGCAAGCGCUUCGCGGGAUCGAUGGCGGUCGAGCGAGAACUCGCCGUCGUUUUCCACCUCACGAUUCGUGACCGAGUUAUGAAGAGCGAAGAAUAAAAGAACCAAAUAUCGUCGAAAAAAGAAGGAAAAAGGAAAAGAGAGAGAGAGGGAGAGCUUUUCCCUCCGUCUCUCUCCAACAAAAGCGAAAGAGAAAGAAAGAGAGAGAGAGAGAAGAACGAAAGAAAUGUCUUCGUUGUAACGAUUACGCGCCGUGCUCAUGGCGCGAAAUUAGAAAAUUCCAUCAUCAAAGACUAAAGACAAGAAAUUUGUUUCUAGUGCGUGUCUUUUAUUCUCCUAUGCGAAAAGAGAGAAGAAGAAAGGACGUUGAGGUUUUUGACACGCCUUCGAACUCACUCUCGACAGUUUCGCGCGCGAUUUUUGAGUAACGUGUAACGUGUGAUAUAACGAAGUUAUAUACUAUAUAUAUACUAUAUAUAUAUAUAUUAUAUACACAUUCAUGUAUCGUGUUACUGGCAGUGUUCUCUUGGAAUACAAGGAGAUCGACGAAGAUAUCGACUAGGAAAGGAAACUAUAACGCUGUGACUUCUACGAACGUGGACCAUUUCGAGUCAUGAGAGUCCUAAACGAGUGUCGACGGAUGACCGCCACGGUGGUGCAGUUGCAUCGACGUAAAAGUGCAGUGUGACGACAACGACGACGACGACGACGACGACGACGACGACGGCGACGACGACGACGACUGUGAUGACACGAUUCGUGGAAGAAAUUGUGUAAACGGAGCAACGAGUAGUGUGUGUUUUAUUGUUAUUAUUAGACGAUUCAGAUACUUGAUAGUUCGCGUGCCUCUACGUUAAGUCUCUACGAACUACGAAAGGGAGAUUUUCGAGGAGGUGCGAAAAGAGUGAAAAACGGGAUAAGAACAAAAAAUGCGGAUAAGCAGUAACACGAUGGAGCUUCUUUCGAGCGAUAAAACGUGUCCCAGAACGAUGUUCAACCUAUUCUGCUUCGUUCUUUUCUUCGUUGGUGCGGUAUCGGCUGGUGGGACGUUGGAAAAACUUCACGAAGAACACGUACGAGAAUUCAGCUGUGGUAUGCUCUACUAUAGGACACUCUACCUGGAUAGUAAAAGGGAUGCUCUUUACGUUGGUGCGAUGGACAAAAUCUUCAGAUUGAAUCUAAGCAAUAUCAGCCACUCGAAUUGCGAGAGGGAUGCUCUAAAUCUGGAACCAAGUAAUGUUGCUAAUUGUGUAUCAAAGGGUAAAUCCGAGCAUUUCGACUGUCGUAACCACAUAAGAGUGAUACAACCGAUGGGAGAUGGCAAUCGACUCUACAUGUGCGGUACAAACGCACACUCGCCAAAGGAUUGGGUGAUUUAUAGCAAUCUAACGCAUUUACCACGACACGAGUUCGUUCCUGGUGUCGGGAUGGGUAUAGCAAAGUGUCCUUACGAUCCUGCUGACAAUUCGACGGCAGUCUGGGUAGAAAAAGGCAAUCCUGGUGAUUUGCCGGCCCUUUAUUCCGGCACAAACGCCGAAUUCACGAAAGCCGACACGGUCAUCUUUCGUACGGAUCUUUACAAUUUGACGACCGGUCGAAAAGCUUUCAGCUUCAAGAGGACCCUCAAAUAUGAUUCCAAAUGGCUCGACAAACCAAACUUCGUUGGAUCGUACGACAUCGGUAGCUACGUGUUCUUCUUUUUCCGCGAGACCGCGGUUGAGUACAUAAAUUGCGGUAAAAGCGUGUACUCGCGGGUAGCCAGAGUUUGCAAGAGAGAUACCGGUGGAAAAAAGAUACUGUCUCAGAAUUGGGUGACGUAUCUGAAGGCCAGACUGAAUUGCUCGAUACCCGGGGAAUUUCCCUUCUACUUCAACGAAAUACAGAGCAUUUACAAAGUACCAGGCGACGAUACACACUUUUAUGGAACGUUUACAACUUCAACGAACGGAUUGAUGGGUUCAGCAAUUUGUUCCUUCCACAUCGACUCGAUCCAGGAAGCUUUCCGCGGGAAAUUUAAAGAGCAAGCAACGAGUAGCAGCGCAUGGUUGCCCGUACUAUCAAAUAAAGUACCAGAACCACGUCCAGGACAGUGUGUGAACGACACAGAGUCUUUACCGGAUACCGUCCUCAAUUUUAUAAGAUCUCAUCCAUUGAUGGACUCUGCGAUCUCGCACGAGAACGAGAAGCCGGUCUUUUACAAGCGUGACGUCAUGCUCACGCGACUCGUCGUCGAUAAACUUCGUAUCGACUUUGUCGGCAUUGAUUUGGAUUACACGGUCUACUACGCCGGAUCCAGUGAUGGCCGCGUUCAUAAGGUCGUCCAAUGGAUCGACAACAACGGCGAGUCUCAGUCGAUCCUCUUGGACGUGUUUGACGUCACGCCUGGAGAACCGAUUCAAGCGAUGGAAAUUUCUAAGGAGCACAAGGCACUCUACGUCGCAUCGGAUCAUCGAAUAAAGCAGAUCGAUCUUGUAAUGUGUACACGCCGAUACGACAACUGCUUGCGCUGCGUUCACGAUCCCUAUUGCGGUUGGGACAAAGACAGCAAUACCUGCAAGCCAUACGAGCCAGGAUUACUUCAAGACGUAUCGAACAGCACGGCAGAUGUAUGCGAUAGUAGCGUGGGUAAACGAAAGCUCGUAGUGACGUGGGGUCAAUCGGUCCAUCUCGGUUGUUUCGUGAAGAUGCCAGAGGUUCUGGCAAAUCAGGAGGUCAGAUGGUAUCACUACAGUAAAGAAAAGGGCCGAUAUCAGAUAGCUUACAAAUACGGUGUCGGUGGUGACAAGUUCAUUGAGACUUCGGAAAAGGGAUUGGUUAUCGUUGGUGUGAACGAGCAGGAUGCUGGCAGAUACGAUUGCUGGCUCGGUGGUGCACUUCUUUGCUCUUACAAUAUUACCGUGGACGCUCACAGAUGUUCAGCACCGGCUAAAUCUAAUGAUUAUCAGAAGAUUUAUUCGAACUGGUGUCACGAGUUCGAGAAAUAUAAGUCUGCGAUGAAGAGUUGGGAACGGAGACAAGCGCAAUGUGUUUCGUGCCAGAAUGAUAGCAAUCAGAAUCUUCAUACGAACGAAGUAUACGGCACUCCUUUGGUCUGAUAGAACCAUUCGUUGGAACACACAUCAAGCCGAGAUUACGAAUAUCAGAGCGCGCUGACGAUGACACGAGAGGGUCGCGUUGGUCCAGCGACGAACACGGGGACGAGAGGCAGUGGCAGCAUCAACAUCAACAACACCAGCAUCCAUAGUAUCGCUCUUAGCUUGCUACUGAUCCUCAGAAAUCUUCGAUUUCUCGAGUUUCUUCGUUCGAACGAAGAUAUUCGGUUGUCGAACGACUAAAAUCCGAAACGCAAUAAGAAGAGAAAGGGGAGAGGGAAGAAAGAGAGAGAGAAUGAGAGAGAGAGAGAGAAUGAGAGAGAGAGAGAGAGAAAGAGAGAGAGAGAGAGAGAGAAGAGAGAGAGAGAGGAAGAGAUAACGAAUCUCUUUAUUCCUUUCUCUUUUCCUAUCUUCUUCGAACGAACUCGAAAAAUCGUAGUCUUUUAUAGUUUUGUUUUUACUUCUAUUAUUAUUAUUUUUUUGUAUUAUUACCACUAUUAUUAUUAUUAUUAUUAUUAUUAUUAUUAAUAUUAUUAAUAUUAUUAUAAUAAUUAUUAUUCGGUGCCCGUGGUCUUCGCGAUUUUUUCUCCCUCUCGUUUCGCAAAUGCGAUCGCGUGUAUGUACAUACAUACGUAUAUAUGUUUAUAUAUAUAUAUGUAUAUAAAUAUAUAUAUAUAUGUGUAAGUAUAUAUUCGCGAAUCACUCGCGAAUGAAAUAUUUCGCGACGAUCGGUAGGCAGUAACGUAUAUCUCGUUCCUUCGCGACAAUUUUUGUAAUUGCUUCGCUGUAAAUAUAUACACACGUACCACACGUACACAAACAUAGAUAUACGUGCAUGGAGCAAGUAUAUAAAGAAAAAGGAGAGGAAUACGCGCGUACGUAUAAAACAUAUUCUACAUAUACAUAUAUAUGAUAAGAUAUAUACGCGUUAUGGAGAAAAUACGCACGGACGGACGCGAGAGCUCGCGUCUCGACGAUUUGGAUUGGAUUAGAUAGAAAGAUUUUUUCUCCCUCUCUCUCUCUCUCUUUCUCUCUCUCUUUCUCUCUCUCUUUCUCUCUUUUUAUCUCUCACACUCUUUCUCUCUCUCUCCCUCCCUUCCUCCCCCCCCCUCUCUCUCUCUAUCUUUCUCUCUCGUAAAAAUGAUUGAGAAAUAAAAGCAAACAAUGAAGAGAAAUUAAAAAUUGUUCUAACCUCGGAGACACAAUUUUUUUUCUUCUUUUUUUUCAAAAAGUAUCAUUAUGAAAUCUGUGAUAGAAGAGGAUAACUGAAAAAAAAAUAAUAAAUAAAUAAAUAAAAAAAUAUAAAAAAAAAGAGUAAAAGGAAAAAAUUUCCAUUAAAAAAUAAAAGUUAAUUGUUCAUUGAAUUUUUGCAAAGUGCACGGCUCCUAUAUUCUUUUUACCAACGUAAAAAAGAUUUCGUUAUUCUUUCUUCUUUCUACGUUACCUACCUUGCCUUUUCAUUCUCAUUCACAAAUGGGAAGUAAGAGAAAGAGAGAGAAAGAUCAAGUGGUCCACGCGCGUUCUUAUCGUCACGGUGCUAAAAGCGAGUUCGUUCGGUCUCUCUAAGCACGAGGGAAAGCUCCCUCCUAGUCGAGAGGAGCUUUUUCGGCUGCCUUCUUUUUACCAACCCUUUCUCUUGAGCUCAAAGCCCCUUCCUCCCUUCUUGUUCCAAGUAAGCUCCAUACUUGAAGAAAAGAAAAAAAUAUGUCGCGUACGCGUAAGUAUUUGUACAUAUAGAAGAAAUUUACGAGUCGCGAAUGUAAACAUUUUACGUAGGUUUUAAAAACAACAACAACAACAACAACAACAUCAACAACAAAAAUAAUAAAAUGUAGAUUUUACGACAUAGAAUACGGGACGCUCUUUGCUUCGUAAUUAAAAUUUUCUCUCUCUUGCCUUAUUUUGUUUCCUUUGUCUUUCGUUCGUUUUUUCUUUCUUUCUUCCUUUUUUGUUAUUAUUUUUUUUUCUUUUCGUUAUUUUUCUUUUGUUUAAUUUUUAUUUCUUACUUUUUCUUUCAACUUUUUUUUCACAUAUAUAUAUAUAUAUAUAUAUAUAUAUAUAUAUAUAUAUUGUCAAAAACGGAAGAAAGAUUUUUUGUGUAAAUUCGUUUGGAACGAUCGCAACGCUGUAAAAAUUUCGAGUCUACGAUUAAUCGUCUCGAGAAUAUCUUUUAUAUUAAUAUCAUAAUGGAUGUAACACAGUUUUAUGAGAACAGAUAAUAGAACUUAGAAAUAUUUUAUCUCUGAUUAGAUUAUAUCGUGACGUAGAUAUUUUGUAAGUCAUCAAAUGGAAAAUCUAAAAGAUUUCUUUAUUUUUUAUUUUUUUAUUUUUCAUUGCUUUUUUAUUCUUUUUUUAUUUAAUCGAGGACGAUUGAAAUGGAUAAAAAUGGUUGAUAUAGCAGGGAGGUCAUGACACCUUUCUCUUCUACAAAUUUCAAUUUUUCGUAAAAUUCCGAAAGAAGUUAUUACUUAAUUCCCACUUUUACAUGGAGGUUCCUAUAUAUAUAUAUACACACACACAUACAUAUAUAUAUAUAAAAUAAAAAUUUGUAUUUCCGAUGGUAAAAAAGAACGAUCAUUUUUAUAUAUUUUUUUUGUUCGUUUUCUUUUUUUUGUGUGUUUUCAUAAUCAUUUAGAGAAGGAUAGAAACGAUAGAUCAAAUGUGCGGUUUCAAUCAUUGUCGUAAUCAUUUCCCUAAGUUUUUUUUUUAUUCAUAUACAUAUAUAUAUAUAUUUUAAUCCCUUGUACAGAUGUCGUCGAAGCACUGCCAUUCAGGUUCGAUGACUUACCUUUUGUACCUAUCAGCCUCGUCGUAUGAAUGCAAAGUAUGAUAAAGAAUCAUAUAUCGAUGGAUCGAUCGGGGAUCGUUGUUUAGAAAAUUUUGCGAAAGAGAAAGAGAGAGAUCGAGAAUACAUGUUUAUGAACGAAUGUACACACUUAUGUUUAAAAAGUGUACGAAAAUCGUAGGACCGUAAGAAUUAAAUACAAUAAUUGAUAAUCUAAUCCUCGAAGUAUGUACUUAUUAUGAGCUUCAACAAGUAUUGAAUAGUAUUAUGACUUAAGGUUUAAGGGUAAUUCUACGAAGUGAGUAUGAGAAAGUGAGAGAGAGAGAGAGAGAGAGAGAGAGAGAGAGAGAGAGAGAGAGAGAGAGAGAAAAUGUUAGGCCAACGAAGACGAAUGAUCUUGCUAUGAUUAAUCGAUACAAUUCUUUUCACGAUGCUCGAAAUGUAAAAUAAUUCUUAUGACGAUAAAGCAACAAAUACAACAACAAUAAUAACAAUAACAACAACAAUGGAAACUCGAAAAAAACUCUUUCGUUGGCUGUGAAUGAAAAAGAAAAAAAAAUUCAAAAUGAGAGUCGUGCGAAUGUGUUAAGAAAUGCGUGUGCAUAUACAUAUUAACUAUAUCGUGACGUCGUGGAUCGAUCGAUACACUGAUGUGUGUGGUGUGUGUAUGUGUGUGUAUGCGCGCGUAUGAAAGAGAGAAAAGAGAGAGAGAGAGAGAGAGAGAUAGAGAGAAAGAGAGAGACGAAUAACAGAAAAAAAGAAAAACCUAACUAUCGUACGUCUAAAAGAAAGUUAUAAAAGAGUAAUGAAAGAAGAAAAAAAAAUAAAUAAAUAAGCAAACGUAAUAUUACCGAUAAAAAUAGUAAGGUACAUGAUCUUUAGGGUAAAGAAAGAAUCCACCCUUUGCGACUCGUCGACUUCUAUCUCUGGACGAGAAAGAAAGAAAUAAAUAAAGAAAGAGAGAGAAGAAAAAAAAGAAAAAAGAUUUGCUUGCCUGAACUUUCGUUUCUCGUUCAUGUAGCGUCGAAAGCAUUCGACGGUCGUACUGGGUGAAUUCUUUCAACGAGAGUCGUCGGAGGAGUGAUCAAGGAAAGCAAUCUAAGAUGAACCUAAAAUUGUUAGAUAUAUUAUUUGUAAGAUAAUCGAGAUACCGUAUCGUUAAGAGAAAAGAAAGAAAGAAAGAAAGAAAGAGAGGGAGGGAGAGAGAGGGAGAGAAAGAAAGAGAGAGAGAGAGAGAACGAUCGCCGUUGGUAUGUAGGAAGGACAAAAAUAGAAAGAAAACACAAGAGCUAAGAAUAAGAAUUCUUUUCGCGAGAACGUUCGAAAGAAAUACGUAUCGAUUGCGCGAACGAAUUUUAAAAUAAUUCUUCGUCCUUUCGCGUUCUGCGUUCGAUCGCCUGUAAUAGAAGCUAGAUUAUAAAAGGAUAGUGUUUACGAGCGAAAGAAAAUGGAAGGUAGAGAUAGAAAGAGAAAGAGAGAGAGAGAGAGAGAGAGAGAGAGAGAGAGAGAGAAAAUGAGAAAGCUUUGGUAAAGGAAAUGAUCGAGAAAAGUGACGAUAAAUUGAAUUGAAUGUAUGCAUUCGAUGAAGGAAAAAGAAAAAAAAAAGAAAGAGAAAAGGUAAAGAACGAAUUCCGAUUAAAAGGAUCGACGACUAAUUAAACGUUAGGAGGCGAUAGACGAGGAUCGAGAAUAUUUGAAGGAUAGCCGAUAACGACUUAUUAAAAUAUAUCAUUAGGUCUAGAAGACGACUGUCCUUAGGUUUCCAGUUUUUUGAGGUAACAUACAAGUAUUAUUACGUAACUCGUACAGAAUGAUUCUCGUUUUACGAAGCAGUCGACACGAACACGAACACUCAUUGUCAGAGAAAGAGGAUAAACGUACAUGCGUACACGUACACGUAUACUUACACGGAAAGAGAGAAAAAAAGAGAGAAUGAAAGAGAGAGAAUGAGAGAGAGAGAGAGAGAAAGAGAGAGAGAGAGAGACACGUACACAGGUUGUCUACAUUUUACUUUAUCACCUUGACUUAGGAUAUUACAGACACGCAUGACUCGCGCGACUCGCUCGAUUUCCUUUCGGUUAAAUAUUCCUCCUAUUUUAUUUUCUUCUUUCCUCUUCUUCUAUUUCUUGUUUAUUUUUCCUUUCCUACUUUGCUUUUUUGUUUGAAAUCCUCGAACUUUACGUAUCUUUACGUAUCUUUCCUUUUAUUUACUUCCGAUCUGUUUUGAUGCGAACGAAGGUCAUCGCGAGAUUAAUAAUCUAUUCGUACAGCGAUCCGUUUUUAUUUAUCUUACGUUUACUUAUAUGCAUGUUUUUAAACUCGUUUUUUUUUUUUUUUUAAUCUUCUUCGUUCCUUGUCAUUUUCUUAUCUUUCUUUCUUUUUCCUUUUUUCCUCCCUCCAUCCGCUCGAGAGCGAAGAUGAAGGAUAGAAAUUAGCGACUUCAGGGAAUAUAAAUAUCAUAAAUCCUUUGAUGCUUGCAGGAGAACGUCGUUAAAAAUUUGUAGAGAAAUACAUUUUUCUUUUUCUUUUCUUUUUUUCUCUAUAUCAAACGUAUCGAUUUUUUUAUUAAAAAUAAAAUAUCGAUAUAUUCUUUUUUCUUGUUUUGUUUUGUUUUGUUUUGCUUUGCUUUGCUUUGUCAAUGAAAUUGAGUUAAAGAUUGAAAGGAUAUAGGACAACGAUUUUACUUUACAUUUUGAUAUUCCUUCAAGUGCGUAGUAAUGUCCUCUGUUUAGGAUUAGAUAUUUAAAAGAAAAGAUUCCGUUCCUUAUACCAUCAAGAAAAUGAAAUAAAAAACGAAACUUAUACAGUUAAUCGACGUCCAUUUAAUUAUCGAAGUGUGCGCGCGGACUGUCAUCGUCGACAACACCACCGUAGAUACAUUUUUCAUUUUCGAAAAAGAAGAUUUCGUACGGUAAGAGGCCCUUUUAGAUAUUCACCUACUACCUAAACAUCCAAUCGCUAUUUUUAUCAAAAAAAAAAAAAAGAAAGAACAUGUUAAAAAUCUUUAAUAGUUAUCCAUUGUUCACUAUUGCUAUAAUAAAGUUUUGCUUUAAUAAACAA